AUGGAUAUUCUCAUCUACUUCUCGAUCACUAUCAACUUGGUUAGGAUUAUUGCGUCGGCUGGACUCUCCUUGCUGGAUUGUCCCGCGCUAGAUGCCAUAUCAUCAGAAGCCAAUGCAGAGCAAGCAUCUGAAGUCUCAUCUUCUGAGGACUGUGAUCUCCUGGGUCUAGGAGAGCGUGGAGAGAGCGAAAUGAGUCCCGAUUCCGUUCCUGUAUCUCCUGGUGAGCCUGACCCGCUGCCCCAGUUAAAAAGGCCUACAGGGGUUGCCGACAUUAGGGAGGAUAGCAAUGUAGGACCUGAUUCCGCAGAUCCAGAUAACUUGCAGGAGGCAUACGUGGAUUUUGGGAAUAAAGAGGCUAACGCAUCCAUAAGGGAUUUCUCUAUUGAUGAUUUUGACGAGGAAGGCUUGAUCGCGGAGACUCCUACACUCCACUUCAUGUAUAGCUCUCCUCAAUUUGAUGGCCAGUUACCCGGAGAUAUAUUUUCCGAGCCUACGUUCGAUAAGAAUCUUGAGGAUGAUUCUUUCGAAGGAGUUUUUGUUGAGAAUGACCCUGUUGAGCCGGCUAUGGGACCAACUACACCAGUUGAUACACCCCCAGCCGUUACACCUCCACCACCCCCAGUGACUCAAGAGGGUAUGAAUACUAUUUAUUUACUCUUCAAGGUCUUUUUCUGA